AUGCAUUUCUUUCUUCAUCUAGUCACUGUCAUAGCAAUCUUAACCCACUGCACAGCAUUUGACCUGGGGCAGUCCACCCGCUGCGUUCCAAUCCCACCUCAGAUGAGCAUGUGUCAGGAUGUGGGUUAUUCAGAAAUGCGACUGCCAAAUUUUCUGGGACACAGCAGUCUGGAGACAGAAGUGGUGCCCGGUUCGGAAGCCUGGCGCCCACUCCUGCAGACCGGCUGCCACCCUCAGGCCCAAGCUUUCCUCUGCUCACUCAUUGCUCCUGUCUGCCUUGACACCUUUAUCCAGCCGUGCCGUAGUCUGUGUGUAGCUGUACGGGACAGCUGCUCUCCAGUUCUGGCCUGUCAGGGACGGGCCUGGCCUGAAGCUCUGGACUGCAAUCGCUUUCCUGCCCUAGAGGAUAUGUGUCUUACACCCCUUCCUAAACACAGGACCUACUCAUCCAAAGAUGUGCCUCAGCCUGUGUGCCAAGCCUGCCCUCCAGUGGAGGAGUUUCCAUCUCUGAAAACACUAUCAGAUGCUCUGUGCCUGAAUGACUUUGUGAUCAAGGCAAAGUUGUCUCGUCGCCGCUUUACCUCGGCAGAGCCUGAGUUUGAGGUGGAGGGGCAGGUGGAGUUCAUCAGGCGUGGUCCUCUUCUGCCCUACCACACACACAGCCUCUUGCAGCAGUGGCUACUCAUCAAUAUUCGCUGUGCCCACAGCGUUGUGCGGCCUGGCCGUGCCCAGCUGUACCUGAUCACAGGGGUGCUUCAGGGCGAUGGCACCAUCUCCCUUACCAACCUGUUCCCCUGGCACAAGAAGGACAUCCACAUCGCCGUGGCAACACGAAAAUGGAAGCAUCACAAGUGUUAA